GGAGGCAGGGCGGAGAGUGGAUCGCCGAGCGUCCAUGAAGGGGAUUACAGGCGUCGCUCCAUCGCCUCAGCUGAUCCAGAGGAUUCCCUCUUUGCGGGAAACGGUCGAGCUGCGUCUGCAUGCGCCACUCUCGGAGGAACCAUGGACUUCAACGUGAAAAAGCUGGCUUCUGAUGCCGGGGUCUUCUUCACCAGGGCAGUGCAGUUCACAGAGGAGAAGCUGGGCCAGGCUGAGAAAACUGAGUUGGAUCCACAUCUGGAGAACCUGCUGAUGCGAGCUGACUGCACCAAAAACUGGACUGAAAAGAUCUUGAGGCAAACAGAGGUUCUCCUGCAGCCAAACCCAAUUGACCACACGGGUGCACGAAUUGAGGAGUUCAUCUAUGACAAGCUGGAUAAAAGGCUUCCAUCCAGGACCACCAAUGCAGAGCUGCUUGGUCAAUACAUGCUCGAUGCUGCCAGUGAAUUUGGACCAGAGUCACCAUAUGGUAGCACUCUGAUCACAGUCGGGGAGUACCAGAAAAGGCUUGGAGGAGCCGAGCGAGAAUUCCUCCAAACGUCAGCUGCCACCUUUCUCACGCCGCUACGCAAUUUCCUCGAGGGUGACUGGAGAACAAUAUCGAAAGAACGACGACUUCUGGAGAAUCGUCGUCUUGACCUUGACAUCUGUAAAGCACGUCUGAAAAAGGCCAAACAGGCUGAAGCGAAAGCAGCAGCUGCACCAGAUUUUCAGGAGACACGGCCUCGAAAUUAUGUUCUUUCUGCAAGUGCAUCCGCGCUUCGCAGUGACUGGGACAAUUGGGAUGUGGAAACAGAUUCCUGUGUGUCGGAGCAGAAGAAGCUGCUCAGUGAGGAAGUGGACAAGGCAGAGCAUGAGCUUCGCAUUGCUCAGACUGAGUUUGACCGUCAGGCAGAGGUCACCAGGCUGUUGCUGGAAGGAAUCAGCAGCACACAUCUCAACCACCAGCGAUGUUUGCAAGACUUUGCAGAAGCUCAAGCCACAUACUACGCUCAGUGUCACCACUACAUGCAUGAACUGCAAAGGGAACUCAGCAAGCGCACAGAUGCAGGUGGGAGCUCGGGGCCGUCCGUCACGCCCUCCAACUCCUCCAGCAAUAAGCCAGGAACACUGAACAUGGAGCAGAUGCAGCUUCCUGUUACAGGCACCAGGAAGGCUAAAGUCCUGUAUGACUAUGAUGCCCAUGAUACCAGCGAACUCUCUCUGUUGGCUGAUGAGCUCAUCACCGUUUACACCGUCCCAGGCAUGGAUCCCGAUUGGCUGGUUGGAGAGCGAGGAAAUGAAAAGGGAAAAGUUCCUGUCACCUACUUGGAACUCCUGAGCUAAUUACGUGCUCACGCACGGAGAUGAAAAGCACGUGGAUAUCAGUGUCACUCAAGUGUGUCGGAAACUCCGACAGUAUAUUUUCAUGUCAGUCAAUAUUCAAUCGAAGACCAAAUUUAAGACACAUAAACAGUGGUAUAUAAUCAAGUAAGCAAGCACCAAAAUGAAAUAUUUCAUUCUUCAAUUCCACGAAGACAAAAAGUCUGUGAUAUUUUCCUUCAUAUUCAGGUAAUCCUGGUCUGCAAGUAAAACUGUAGUGUAAAAACUGAUAUAAUCACAUUAUACCUUUGGUCUCCUCGAAGGAUAUAAAAAUCACUUGUUCUUCAGCUCAUUAAAAUAAGAGGUCAGUUUUCUUUUAAAUCAUUGCCCUGAUAAACCAUUCCGUUUUCCUCACCGUAACCCCACAGAACACAUUUUGUUUAAGAAUGACUAAUACAUUUCUACUGCUGGGAAUAAUUGAACACAAUUGAAGAAUGAAAAGCCUUUGCAAUAACUCCCGGGUGCUUCAUUGGUUAUGAAAUAAAGUUUUUAUAUUUGGAAGUGACCGUGUUGUGUAGUUAACCUGUGUGUGAUUGUGUUAAGGGCGAACCUUGGCACCGCAGCCUCUACUAAUGGACCUUUUUUGCGUCACGACUGAAAGCAGGAAUACAAUUUAUUGUUACGUCUUCUUCAGCCACGUUCACGUAUUUUGGUGAGAUGCGCAGUUUUCGACUUGCGUGUCUAGUGUCUUCUAUUGUUAUUUAAUUUGUCCUGGUUCUUUCCCCUGGCUUUGUCAAGCUUUUGAAGUCCGAUAUAUAGUAAGAAGAGGGGUGGUCUUCUAUGUGAGAUGAUCAGCAUGUGCCGCGUGUGUGACUGUAUUCAUGCUUUGGGAAUGUACCACCACAUUAUGCUCGAUGUUCACCUCCUUUUUUUUUGGAUUAAGUGUGCUGUAAUAUGCCUCUGUGAUAGGACUGGUUCUAAUUUCAAAUGUCCGGACCAAACGUCAACACAUACUUGUUUGGUUUAAUGUGCAAUAAAAUGCAUGUACUAUA